GGUAGCAAAAAAAUCAUGUGAUCAUGUGACGCUUCCUGGAGCUUUACUUUCACGCAUCACUUUUGCUCUUCGCAACAACAUUUACCAGCAGCAAACCUUAAAUCCACUGCGGGAUUGUGCGCUCGUUUACGGCAUGGCUGACGGUGAGCGAUCGCCUUUGCUGUCGGACAGCCGCGAUGGAAUGAACGGGCUGUCACCGGGAGAUGAGACCUACCGACCUCCGAGCAAACCACAGAAUUUCCCAGCGUUCCCGUCAGCUCCUCCCACGUCGAUGCUGGGAGAGGCUCCUCCACCGUACUCCCCGCUGGGCUCUCCGGAGAGCGGCAGUGCUCCUGUCAUCGGCUGCAGAGUGUGUCAGUCGCUUAUUAGCGUGGAGGGCAAAAUCCACCAGCAUGUGGUCAAAUGCGGUGUCUGCAAUGAGGCUACACCCAUAAAGAAUGCUCCAGCAGGAAAGAAGUAUGUGAGGUGUCCGUGUAAUUGUCUUCUCAUCUGCAAAGUCACCUCACAGAGGAUUGCCUGUCCUCGACCUUACUGUAAGCGAAUUAUCAAUUUAGGUCCGGUUCAUCCUGGUGCCGGCAGUCCGAAUCCUCAGCCUAGUGGUGCCAGAGUUUCCUGUGGCCACUGUGGAAACACUUUUCUAUGGACAGAAUUUACAGAUCGGACAUUGGCUCGCUGUCCACACUGCAGAAAAGUCUCAUCGAUUGGCCAGAGGUACCCUAGAAAGCGGAGUUUGAUAUGUUUCCUGCUGUGCUUGAUCUUCAUUAUAACGACUGCAGGAUUGAUUGCUGGCACAUGGUGGAGGGCACCGACAUAUAAGGGGAUUUAUGCCUCCUGGGUAUUUUUCAUUCUCCUGGUGCUGAUCACUUUGGUCAGAGCUCUACACUGGGCCUGCAUGAAAAUUAGUGAUCCGCUGCACAACUACUCAUCAUAGGAGUGAUGAAUGUGGAGGAGGAGAAGGAGGAGGAGGUAGAAAUGAAGUGUAAGAGACAAAAACAAGGAGAAAACAGAGCAAAAAGAUGUUAAUAAAGUGAUGCUCUGUCAGGAAAAUACAUACAAGUCAAUGCAAAAAAAAAAAAAAAAAAAAAGUAGUUCAAUUUCACAAAUAAUAAUCAUUAUUCUGGAUGAUAAUGAUAGUAAUAAUACUAAUAACAUCAUUUUGAUUUGGAGGUGAAAUCAGUGUAACUAAUUUUCACCCAAAUAAUAGUUUUUCCCCUUUUUUAUUUUUAUAGUGCUCUGCUUUUGAACCCUGCUCUUCUCUGAACUGAUUUCAAAUCCAACUUGCCCACAUUCCUAAUGGGAAUCUGCUUCCUAACACGGCAGAAUUAGAAAAAGCAUAGAACAACAAAUAUCUCAGCCUUGUCAGUAGGAUAAUAACUUCUAGUUUAGUUGCACAAUCAGUAACUGCUGAAACAGGGUAUUUUUGCUCCGUGAAUCACUGUGGCGUCACACAAAUAUAUUGAAACAUUACAGUUAGAAUGAGCGAUUGUGGCUCAAUUGCUGACACAAAGUGUAAGUGCCUCAUAUGACAAUGUGCUAUGUUGUUAUAACUUAUACAGCAUUUUUUUCAUAUAUGCUGCAAAUUGUACCCUGACCUGGCACAUCAAAUGAGCAAGAAAAAGGAAAUGAAAACACACUGAAACAUUUGGAAGGUUUAGAAAAGAGGAAAUGCAAAAGCAAAACUGUUUUUUUUUUUAGACUGCAUUUUAGUGCAUGUCACCUGUUAUUGGAAUGUGCUAUAGAUUGAAUCAUAGGCAAAGAUGAAUUGAUUAUUCUUUCAGUGUAGUUUAUUGCUUUUCCGUAUAUGUUAUUCAGUGGACCUGUAGGGGUUUCUUCUCUUCUGUGGCCCAGGUUUAGACUAAACCUUUACCUUCCUUUUCUUCCUUCUACAGCAUUCAGCAUGUCUUACUGUGUAUGUGCACCCUCAAAUUCAGCUUAGGCACCAAAUUAUGCUUUGCUUACUAACUGACAAUGUUCAAAUAUCCAACACAAUGCAAUAUUACAGAUAAUUUUGAGAUUUCUAAUGAUCCUUGUGUUACUUUUGUUGAUGCCGUUUUUAAAUCAGGCAUUGCUGCUCAUAGUUUGUACCUGUCUGUGGUUAUAUAGGUAUGUAGCUGCAUUAAAAUCUUCUCCCUUAUAUGGUAUGAAGACUUUCAACUUUGCCUAGUAAAGUAGUAUGGGAAGACAAUUUUUCUUUUUGACGUUUUUCUUUUCUCUCUUUGGCACAAUCUGCACAUAAAAACUGUCAAAUGCUAGUGACUGUAAAUACUCAUCGAAGGAAAUUGCUGUGAUUAACUUAAUAUCUACAUCGUCUUAAAAAAGGUGUGCAAAAAUCGCACAACACUUUGCCACUGAGGCAACUUCAUACCUUAUCUAGCUGUAAAAAAAAUAAAACCAAUAGUACUUUAGAGUAAUAAUAAGCCUAUAUUAUGUACCCUUAAGCUACUACUAGAACCCUUUGGGGGUAAAUAAGGUACAAAGUUGUACCAGUGACAAGCUGUUGUCAUUUUUUGCACGUUAUUUUAGAAAGUGUAAUCAGAUGUAAAUGUACCGGCUGACCAAUCGCAUAGGCUCGUUUCCAGCUGAAAUGAACUUCUUGCAUUGCACUCUUAAUGAAGAUACAGUUACUAAUAGAUAUAGUACUUGUACCUAUUCUGUGAAAUGCAGAAGUGACCAGUAUGUUUUUAUUUUUGCAGUUUGAUUUGUUUACAUGAGUGUGCAGUUGUACUGGGCAUUUACUCUUUAAUUUUUUUUUGUUGAAAAUGUUAGAUAUAUAUAUCUAUAUAUAUUGUUGCACUACAUUUUAGCGAUUUCGCUAACAGAUUCUACCCUUGUCAUUGUUGAUUUUGUUGUUGAUCAUUUUUGUAUUUUCCUUUGUGACUAAAAUGUUUUAACAAUC